AUGUCAAAUGAAGCAUUUCCUUGGAAAGUCAGGACGAAUGAUUCACAUUCAUUAACUAAUAGUCCUGCCCCAAGAAAACCUAACCAUGAAGCACUUUCCAGACUUCAGUCACCUCUGAAUUCCCCGAAAUUACAACCGAUCGGAUCUCCUCAGGCCCUUCGUAAAGCCACGUCCGCUAACGGAUCGAGUGCGUCCAUGUAUCCAAAAUGGUCAGGCGGUCUAUCUCUCUCUAGUAGCCGCGCUGCAUCACCAGCUCCUUCAACUUCGGACCCCUUUGGCAACCUUGCUUUCAGUGGUGGUGGUGUCCUAGGCGGCUCGGAUGCCUCUAGUAAAGGGAAUUUUCCAAAUUUUGCUACAGAGCCAAACCAGCAGGUCUCCACUCCGUCUCUUGUUUCAAGAAACGCUGCAUUUAUGGGAGACCCUUUUGCUCAGGCUGUCCAUAAUGCCACCAACAAUAUGGCUCCUUCCUUUCAGGAGCCCUUAUCAUCUUCCGAUGCUAAUCGCCCCGAAGAUGUCGAGGCGUAUCCCUCUAAAAGUAAUCCUUCCUCCUCCUUGCAUCAUCGUUCGACAAUGACUCCCUCAAACCAGACGUCCAACUCUGCAUCUGUCGAACCCGGCGAGGACACUAUUCCAACCGCCAUUGUUGUAAAAAACAUCCCCUUUUCCUUAGAGAAGGACACUUUGCUCGAAGCUUUCAAGCAAUUAGGCAUUCCACGUCCCUACGCCUUUAACUAUCAUUAUGACAAUGGUAUCUUCCGUGGCUUAGCUUUUGCAAAUUUCUACCUCCCCGAAGAAGCUCAAGCAGUUGUCCAAACUUUGAAUGGCUAUGAAAUAAACAGCCGUCGUUUGCGAGUGGAAUGGAAACGCCAAUUACCGGUUGCUGAGCGCGAGAAGGCUGAAAAAGCAAAAAAACGCCAGGCAGAGGAACGUCGUAGAAAGCACCAAUAUAAAACCUUUGAAGUAAGUUUUAAGGAUCAGGGCUUGGAUCUCAACAACACUACAACUCUAGAAAUAUACAGUCGUCUUUUGCUUUUUGCCAAUCAUUGCCUUCCCGGUAACGAGCUUGUUUUUGAAGCUCCUUCAAAGGACCACACCGUUUCUAAUGCUGUACGAGCUUUUGCAUUACAUUUUGACUUGGAUUACUACGUACAGCCUAGUGCCGAAAUCAUAAAGUUGACUGUCACACAACCAGCGAAAAAGCCCUCCAAUGUAAGCCAUUCUCAACCUUCUUCACCAGGCUUCCGUCGUGCCUUGCAUGCUCCUAUGGCAUCCCGAUUUUUGCAAGAACAUGCAUUGAACGGAAUAAGAAGUGCGCCAAUCACUCCUCCACCCAGCUUUUCCUCGCUGGUGAACCCUAUUCGCUCCGUUGACGACAAGAUUUAUGGUAAUGAUUCUCCUUUACGACAGACAUCUACGUUAAAUACUCCUUUGCACUCGCGAAAUGAGUCUCAGCCCGUCCUAAAGUCACCUUUUGGUUUUCCCCAUAAUUGA